CAAGCGAGUCACGAUGGGGUUUGGUUUUAAUUCUGAUUGGGUGACAAAGUAGCGCGGCUUUUUUUAGCCAAUCGCUGAGUAUAGUAAUGUAAAACCAAGGUAAUUACAUGAUCGAAUUACAGGGUUGCCUCAGGUCAGGAAAUGGCCGGGGAAAAAGUCAGGAGGAAUUGAUAUUUUGAAGAAAAGUCAGGGAAAAUUGAAAUAAUUUAACACGGCUGAUUUAAUACCAUUGAAGGAUGGUAGAGACAUUUGGGGUCACUGUGAUCUCAUCGACAUUUUUACGUCACGAGGAAGGACAAUUUGUUGAAAAUUACUUACUUUGAUUAGUCUUAAUGAAAGAGUGGAAAGGACAGCUGUAAAAUGAGGCUAGAAGCCGCUGUUGUAUAUGAUAUUUUGUAUUUGUUGGGUCAGGGAAAUUUUAUUUUUAUCAGGGGAAAGUCAGGGAAUUUUGUAGCAACCAUGAAUUUUAAUAAUCCAGUGAAAACCGCUCUAUUCUUCUCACGUACUGUUAGUUUAUGAAUGAUGUUGUUUUUUUUCUCUUAGGACAAAAAGAGUCCUCUGCAUGUAGCUGCGGGGAAUGGUAGAACCGAAGUGUGCAAGGUACUUCUUGAUCUCCGAGCCGAUGCCAGUGUAGCAGACAGUAAAGACAUGAUUCCUGUCCAUUAUGCUGCUCUGAACGACAAGGAGGAAAUCGUGGAAUUAUUCUUCAACGUCAGACCUGACACCAUGACACAAAUCGACGCGGAGGGAUUGAACGCGUUACAGAUUGCUGCUUCCAGUGGUAGUCUUAAGGUGGUGAGGAAAUUGGUUGAGCUUGACUUUGCCAAAUGUUCAGCUGAUACGGGUGUUCUGUGCAAACCGCUCCUUCUAGCUGCUCGAGGAGGCCACAAAGACAUUGUGGAAUUUUUAUUAGAAAAGGGAGCUUCGCCUACUGAGGAAGACACGGAAGGCAACAGCGUGUUGCAUUUAGCCGCCAAGUUUGGUCAGCUCAAAGUUAUCGAUAUGCUGUGGGGGAAGACGGCUAUAAACCGAACAAGUGUCAAGAACGGAAUGACUGCCAUCCACGUUGCUGCCUUAUUUGGUCAGACAGAAAUUGUCCAGGAAUUCCUCUCCAGGGCCCCUCAAACUGCCACACUAGUCAGUGAGCGUCCUGCUGAUAGCGAGGAAGAGGACGAAGACUUUGGAUUCACGCCUCUUCACCUUGCGGCUCAAAAUGGCGACAACACUCUUGUACGAGCCAUCACAAAUCAUCCUGGAGUACGAGUGGAUUCUGUAACAUUAAAGGCGGUGGGUUGAUUGUAUCUUUCACAAUUACGCCAGGCUUUAAACAAUGACUGCAUGUUAUUUAUGAUUCCUUUCAGGUUUAUGGCCGUUUUCAAGUUGUAUAUCAAACACAAGAGAACGUGUUUGAUCACAUUUCCAAACACCGUGAAGAGAGUUGAAGAUACAUGUAGU